AUGGUUGAAUCAGAGCAUCAACAUUUUAUGGCACUUAAUCGAAAGUUGGAUGAUGUACAUCACAAAUUCAUUCUUGACUGUUCCAAGGCUAAUAUAGGCCUCGCACUUACCUUUAAGGUGUUGAAGGAAAUUCUCAGUGGGUUUGAACUUGUCGAUUGCACUGUCGGGGAUAUCAAGAACGCUUCUCGAGACAUCAAAGCAUACGCACAUGGGUUCGACGUGCAAAUGGUGUUGGAUGAUAUGGCUAAGAAGAAGGAAAUGCCCGAGUCAUUCACAUAUAACUACGAAGUUAAUGCUACUAACCAGUUGGUUGCUCUCUUUUGGUGCGACGGUUUGAUGAAGAGGAAUUACCAUAUGUUUGGUGAUAUUGUGGCGUUUGACUCCACGUACAACACAAACAGAUAUUGUAUGAUCUUCACACCUUUCACGGGAAAGGACAAUCAUGGAAGACCUGUAACCUUCACCGCCAGAUUGGUGUGCAACGAGAAAACAGGAGCAUUUGCUUGGUUGUUCAAACAUUUCGUUGAAUGCAUGAGUGUAGCACCCAAAAUGAUCACAACUGAUCAAGACUUGGGCAUGAGAUCAGCUAUUGAAGAGGACUACGUCCAUAUCCGAAUCGGAGAACAACUUGUACAAAAAAUUUUGAAGCCCCGAGCUAACAUUGCUGAAUUCUACUUGAAUUUCAACAAUGCCGUUGAAUUUCAACGAAACAGUAGAACAAAGUUGGACUACCACGAUGCAACUGCCCUGCCCAUAUUGGCCACUGCAUUGCCAUUCGAGAAACAUGCUUCGACGCUGUACACCGAUAGUAUGUUCAAGAAAAUACAAGAAGAAAUUGUUGAGGGUAAUGACAGAUGCUGCUUGCUUGGUUUUUCAUCUACAGAUAUGGUUGACACCUACAAUCUUGGGGAAAACAAUCACAAUUCAUAUUUUGUGAGGCACGAUAAGACUGAUGACUCAUACUCAUGCGAAUGCAAAGUUUUCGGUGGUGUGGAAGAACUUGGUAAUUCUCUUCAAGCUGGAACUCCUACAACGUCUGCCUCGGAAAAGAGGCGAAUGAUUAAAGAGUUUUAUGGAAUGGUAAGGCCUAAGGUAGUUCAGGUCCAUCCUCCGGAUGUUGUCAAGACCAAGGGCCACACUAGCAGCUCUGCGAGCCGUCUAAUUUCCAAAAGAGAAAAGGCUAUAAAGGAGGCUACUAGGCCUCUUAGACGAUGUAAGGCAUGCGAUGAGAUGGACCAUCACGACUCUAGAAAUUGUCCAAUGCUUAAAGAGAUGGCGAUGGAGAAAGAGAUAUACUUAUGA